AUGAACUUAGCCCAAGCUGGUGAGGAGAGAUUAUUGGAACUACAGGAAUUUGAGGAACUACGCUUGGAAGCCUAUGAGAACUCAAGAAUGUACCAGGAAAAGUCAAAAUUAAUACAUGAUAAGGGUCUCUUGAGGAAGGAAUUUCGAGUUGGACAAAAAGUGUUGCUCUUCAACCCAAGGCUAUCACUUAUGCCUGAUAAACUAAAAUCUAAAUGGCUUGGUCCCUUUGAGAUUGUUAACUUGUUUCCUUAUGGUGCAUUGGAGAUUAGAAGUCUAGAGACAGAAAAGGAGUUCAAAGUGAAUAGGCACCACAUUAAAAUAUUUAAUGAAGGAGAAGUCAACAUGAUUUUCAUUGUCACCUCAAAAGGCCCCCUAUUGGCUUGGGAGCAACUUUUAGUGCCUGAGAGUAAGACUAGAUAG